AGGAAGCACUUGCACUUUGUAAAAAAAAAAAACAACAGAAAUUUUCACUCUUAUGAUAUAAGUGCCCAGGCGCUGCUCCAGUAAGUGACGAUGCCAACGCAAAGCGUACUUGUCCGAGACCCCUCUUUGCUGGCGAGGGCACUUCAGCAGUAUUUGAGCUUGUUAAAGAAAUAUCCAAUCAUCACCAAAUCGGUUACGAGUGGUAUUCUGUCUGCUUUGGGAAAUCUUUUGUCUCAAGUUUUGGAGUACCAGAAGAAUGUCAAGGAAAAUAGUCCCAAAAAGAAAAUCAGCAUUCUGGGACCUGUACACUUUGCAAUUUAUGGACUUUUUAUCACUGGUCCAGUCAGUCAUUACUUCUACCAUCUCCUGGAGGUCCUGUUACCAACCACUGUCCCAUACUGCCUCAUCAAGCGCCUUCUGCUGGAACGUCUGAUAUUCGCCCCUGCUUUCCUCCUGCUCUUUUAUGUGGUUAUGAACGCUUUAGAGGGCAAAACACUCGCAGAUGUUCAAAACAAGCUUAAAACAAGUUACUGGCCUGCGAUGAAGAUGAACUGGAAGGUCUGGACGCCGUUUCAGUUUAUCAAUAUCAACUAUGUACCUGUACAGUUUCGAGUGCUGUUCGCCAACAUGGUUGCCUUAUUUUGGUAUGCCUACCUGGCCUCUGUCAGGAAAUGAAAGCACAAAACCAGUUACAGCAAGCUUAUCUUGGUUUACGGUGAAUCCAGGUUGUGCCUUACUGCAGUGUUUCUCAACCACAUUCCUGGAGAAACACCAACACUGCAUGUUUUGGAUGUCUCCUUUGUCUGUCCCACCUAUUACAGGUCUUUCAGUCUCUGCUAAUGAGCUGAGAAUCUGAAUCGGGUGUGUUUGAUUAAGGAGACAUGAAAAAUGUGCAGAGCUAGUGGUCCACCAGGAAUAUGGCUGAGAAACACUGCCUUACUGGGUCAGUUUCUGUCAAAUAACUGCUAUAUAGAUAAUUGUAAUACUAUUUUCACUAAAUUAUUUUAAAAAAUCUGCCCAGAGAUUGAAUCUGCUCAUACUAAAUGUCUUUCUAAUGGUUGCAAGUACACUGAACAUGAAUUAAUCAAUGUUGUAAUUGAUUAAUUAAAUAUAUAAAUGCUUACUGAGACAAAAUAAUUUUGUAAGUAGUCAUUACUACUGCUAUUGUCAGCAGUCUUGAACUCUGUGUUAUUCUAAAAUCUAUUCUAAAGUCAAAUCUACAAGAAAAGCAGUGACCUUGCUAAUGUUAUGUACUCGUAUUGCUCUGAUUAGAUGUUUUUGAUAUUGGGUAUUAAAUAAAAUAUGCCAGCACACACACACAUCAAUAAAAAGCGUUUUUAAAAA